UCUGCCUCCAAAAGGCUCGGGCCGGUUAUAUUAUCGAUGACAUAGUGAAUUAUUGUAUUUCCGAUCCUUCGAACCGCCUGUAAUAUUUCAAUGAAUCGUAUCGAAUAAAAAUUAUACAAAAUAAAAAAAACCACAAAAAAUAAAAUUUAUACAUACAUACAUUACACAUGUUUAUUUCUGCGGUAAUUUAUCGGUUAUUAAUAUACGCAAUAACGUGUAUACGCAUGUUUGAAAUGAUAAAAUAUUUUAAUUCGUAAGCGCAGAUUCGAGAGAAAAACCAAAAAAAACUGGAGAGAAAUUAACGAAACAAUUAAUCGUCAAAGUAUAUCGCGGUAACAACAGUGUACAUGGAUAUUUGUUGCAGGACAAACAAAUAACGAAUGAAUUAAAGAAAUUCUUUUCAAAUUGUAUAAUAUGAAAAAAUAAUUAGAAAACGAGAAUCAAAGAAAAAAAAAAAAAGGACGUUCAGUUAUAAUUGCACAGUUUCAUUAAAAUCUCGUGCACGAAAUUGUAAAAUUGGUAUAACGAAGAAAUAAAAAGCGAAAAUUGAAAUCCAAUUCGGAGACGAAUACCCUGUAUAUAAAUAAAAAAAGAGAGAGCCAAGAGAGGUCUUUUUAUUAAACAAAAAAAAGGUGUUAAAAUUGAAGAUACCUCUACUAGGAUUGUGCAGGAGUUUCGCUCCUGGGGAGGGAUGCUCAACAACAUAUCAACCGGCGGCUCCAUACACGGAAUCCCCGGUAACUCGGGGUCGAUCGGUCAGGGUGACGACAAACCGGCCAAACAAAAACGACACAGGACACGUUUCACACCCGCGCAACUCAACGAGCUCGAAAGGUGCUUCAGUAAAACACACUAUCCGGAUAUCUUCAUGCGAGAAGAAAUCGCUAUGAGAAUCGGACUCACGGAGAGCCGCGUUCAGGUGUGGUUUCAGAACCGGAGAGCCAAAUGGAAAAAACGAAAGAAGACGACGAACGUAUUUCGUUCCCCGGGGGCAUUGCUACCCUCCCACGGGCUUCCACCUUUCGGGGCUAUGAGCUCCGCAGCUGAACUGUGCGGAGCUGCCGGGAUGUUCCACGCGCCUACCGAUCGAUGGGGAAUGGGACCAGGUCUGGGUCAGCUCGGUCAAGGAGGUAUGGGGAUGACGGGCUUCGGACAGAGUCUCGGUCAGCUCGGUCAGCAAGGCGGCGGAGGACUCGGCUCCAGUUUGGGCCUCGGCAAUGCAGCCGGUCUCCCGAUAAGCAGCCCCUCGCAAACCGUCUACCAGGCCAGUUACGGUCUCAACUCUCUCGGUGGCGUGCACGUGUCGGCUUCUCGGGGCUCUCCGCCGGGUGGCUCGUCGUCGGGCGGCGUCGGUGGCCAAGGGGGUAGUUUGGGUGGCGGUCUGAACUGCGGCCAGGGCUCCCCAAGUGCAGCAUCCGGUGGCGGCGUAUCCUGCGUCGGUACCGACGGGAGCGGAGAAGCUACCGACUGGCGGGGUGCCCACAGCAUCGCGGCGUUACGACGUCGAGCGUCGGACGCAUCGCAGCAGCAAUACAGUCCUCAACCACCCCCGCCAGGACCACCCCAGUACGCCCACGAUCUCGAAUACAGUUCGGUUUAUUAGCUAUAUAUAUCAUAAGUAUAUAUAGAAGAGUAUAAGAAAUGAAGAAACGCAGAAGAGAGAGCCUAUCCUUAGCACGUUAAACGAAAGAAAGACAUCCCACACAUUGAGGGAUGUACGUAUCACGAGUGUACACACCGCCCGCCCCUUUCACCCUGAUUUUCUACCGGCUUAUCGGAAGAAGUUUUUUUUUUUUUUAUGUUCCUUUUUUUUCUCAUCGUAUUCUACAGAUUUAUCGAAUCUUCGAUUGCGUUCACAUUGGAUUGAAAGCCACGUCUUUCUAGUUCGUGCUUUUAUUUUUUACAUUCAUCGGAUGAAAUCUUUCUUUCUACUGAUCACAGAAUUUUUCGAUACUCCAUUAUCGCGUGUACUUAUGCCAAACUGUAAUUGGAUUUUAAUGACCGAUUUAAAAAGGAAGAACAAACGAAGAGAAACUAAAGCAUAAAAAAAAAAUGGUAGAAAACAUCGUCUAACGGUGAACGAAUCGUGCGUCUGAUUUGAAUUGAAAAAUAACGAUCUUCGGAAGAUAAAAAACGAUACGGUGACGAAACGAUCGAACGAUCGGGGGGUGAUGGAAUAACAUAAUAAUGAUGAAAAAAAAAAAAAAACAACAGACACUGUGCAGGAGCUAACUAUACUAUAUGUAUACAUAUAUAUUAUAUAUAUACGUAUAAUUGACGGAAACGUAUUACGGGGAUAGAAUAAUUAAUUAUGAAUUAAUUAAUAUAAUUAAUUAUAAGAAAACCAAUUGAUUGUAUACGAAAAACCAAGCAAAUGACACAAACGACAACAACAACAACUGCAACAAAAAUACGGCGCAACGAUGAUAAUGUGAACAAAAAAAAAAAAUCUAAUAAUCGUACACUCAAUCAGUCUGCUGCAGUGUGUAAUAAUUUAUAAAAUUAUCAUCAUUACACGAAUUUUCAAAUUUCACUGCAGUUGUGCAAAAGUUGUAGUACUUUAAUACCUAAUAAGAAUAAAAAUAAUAAUACCAAUAAUAACAUUAAUAAUAACGAUAAUAAUUUUGCGUAAACAACGAGGCAUAUAAUACUGUAAAUAGAGUCAAAAAUGAAUAUAUAUAUAACUAUGCGACUAUAUGCGAUGAUUAACUAAUAGCUAUAUUAUAUACUAUGAUAAUUAAUAUCAGUUAUACUAAUGAUAAUAAUUGUAAUAAUAAUAUUAAUGGUAAUGAUAAUAAUAAUAAUAAUGAUAAUAAUAAACAAUAAUUCGUAAAAUAGUAAUCUUUGUGGAAUAUAAUAUACUUACGUGUAUAUGUUGAAUUUUUUGCCUCCGGUGGUUUUUUCUAUUUUUUUCUUUUUUUCUCUCCGACGGAAAUAAUUGGCAAUGAUGAUGAUACUGAUUAUUAUUAUUACAGUAAUGACGAUAGUAAUAACGAUAUCGAAUAACGCGAAUGGCUAUGUACGGGGUAUACGAAGACGAUCGUGUGGAUGAACGAACGGAAAUAUUCAAUGCGAAAGAAUUGAGAGAGAAUGAAAAUUGAGAAGAAAAAGUAAAAACUGAGAGAUAUCACGCGCCCAAAAAUAUAAGAAAAAUUGCGUAUUCACCGUGAGUUUCCGUUGAAAGUUGUCGCGAUCAACGCCUGAGUCGUAAUACUCGUAUUCCUCGUUCUACGAGCUAACCCGAGCUCCGUUUGAGUCCGCCUAGCCACAGGCGUAGGCAACUUGUUGUGAUCUAGAGCCUUCAAGGUGACACCUCAUAACAAAGCGUCUACGCUGCUGGCUACGCCGACUCCAGCCGGAGCUCGGGCUCGCUCGUGAAACGAGAAAUACGAAUAUUUCGAAGCAUACGUUGAUCGCAAUUAUUUUUGAAAAACGCUCACGGUAUGGGUGUAUACGAUUAUAUUGAAUAGAAGAAUCAAUAAAUUAUAGUCAUAAGAAUGCAAAUAAUAAAAAGAAUAAUAAUACUAAUAAUAAUGAUAUUAUUAAAAUAGUAUUAAUAAUAAUCAGCUAGUUACGAAUUUAUCAGUAGAAUAUCAGACAUGUACUAUCGUACGAUAUAAAAUAGAAUUAAUUAAUAUUAGAUAUAUAGUUAUUAUAAAUAUCGAUGUAAUAAACUACAACGUAUACGAUUUUUAAUGUACAAAUAUUAUAUAUAUAUAUACACACAGGCAUAGGCAUUCCUAUAUAUGUAUGUUAUUAUUAUCAUUAUCAUUAUUAUCCUUAUUGAUCAUCUGACUUUAAUCAUCAUUAUUGUUGAUAUCGUUAUUGUUCUAAUUUUAAUUAUCAAUUCUUAUAAUUAUCAUCAUUCAUGUCACCGUUGAUACGUCGUUGUGUCAUUAUGAUCGUGAUUAUUAUUUCUAUUAUUAUCAUUAUUGAAAUGAUUAUUAUUAUAACGUGUAAUUAGAUUUUUGAAGUUAUUGCGCGAUCAUACUUUUGCAAGUGGAUGAUUUUAAUAUUUUGGGCAAAUGAAUGUUCCUAUAAAAGCAAAGUGAAGACGGCGAACCGUGAGAAAAAAGAAUUAAAUAAAGUUAUACGUCAGCAACGGAACAGCAAACAAAAAUUUAAGUAAACCAAUGGUAAUAAUAAUAAUAACGAAUCUUUAGUUUACAUCGUUGUAUAGUUGUGUAUAGUCAACUGGGUGUGUAUAAAAUAAAACAAACAAAAAAAUCAAUAAAAAGAAAUGAAAUUAAAGUGAA